AAGACUUAUAAGAGCCACUCCUGCCUGUCAUAGAGACUGGAUGGACCAGCAAGGAUGGCAACUCUGAUGAAUUGAUCCUAUCAUCUCCCAUCCUCCCAGCAUGAUGCUAACAGAAGACUGACAGGAAACCUGGAAUUCUGCAGAGAACCAUCGUCUCUUCACUGUCCCUAAUUAGGCCAUCUAUCCCAGGUGCCUGGAAGAUGGAGUCACGCUUGCUGCUGUGGAGAGUCUUCACCCUCAUCAUGGUAACUGACUGCGUACCAGAGUUUUGUGGUGAUGGCCCACCAGAUCUCAAAUACGCCACAUUCAAAGCCCUCGCGUACAAAAUGGGCACCCUGUUGAACUGUGAAUGCAAGAAAGGCUUCCGCAGAAGCAAUGGGUCGGCCUUUAUGAAUUGUACAGGAACCUCUGGCCACCCUUUCUGGAAAAAUCCAUGUCAGUGCAUAAGGACUUCUCCCAGAAACAUGGAAAAACAAGCUACUCCUAGACCUGAAGAACAGAAGGAAAGAAAAACCACAGAAAUGCCAAGCCAAAUGCAGCCCACAGACCAACUUAACCUUGUAGGUUAUUGCAGGGAGCCUCCACCAUGGGAACAUGAAGCUUCAGAGAGAAUUUACCAUUUCGUGGUGGGGCAGAAAGUUCACUAUGAGUGCGCCCAGGGAUUCAGGGCCCUACAGAGAGGUCCUGCCACGAGCACCUGCAGAACGAGCAGUGGGAAGAUCAUGUGGACACAGCCCCAGCUCAAGUGCAUAAAUGAAAGUGAUAAAGAGUCUCAAGCAAGCACAGAUAGUCCUGGGAAUGAAGUUUCCUAUCCCUUAAUAACGACAGAUACUACUACAGAUUUUAAAAAACAUACAGAUGUGGCUACAACUACAGAGAUGUUCAUAUUUACCACCGAGUACCAGAUAGCAGGUGGGUAA